AUGUGGUUCUGGCAGCCACCACAGGCCACAGGGGACUGCUGGGCAAAUCGGCACAGACCUGUGCCCGCCCUCAUCCUCCAUCAUGGCCAGCCCAAGGCGGCCAGGCGCAAGGACCGCGUGUUCGUGUGGGGCUUCAGCUACUCGGGCGCCCUGGGCGUCCCCAGCUUCGUGAAGCCUGAUGCGGGCUGGAAGAAGCCGCGGCGUAUCCAACCCACGCCGUACCGCCUGGAGACGGAGGAGAAGAUAUCCUCUGCUGCCUGUGGUUAUGGAUUCACACUGCUGGCCUCUAAUACCACGGACAUCACCAAAGUGUGGGGUACGGGGCUCAACAAGGAUUCCCAGCUUGGAUUCCAGAGGAGCAGAAGAGAUCAAACUAAGGGCUAUGAUUAUGUCUUGGAACCAUCUCCAAUUCCAUUACCACUGGAGAAGCCGCAGCAGACUCGAGUCUUGCAGGUGUCCUGUGGGAGAGCCCAUUCCCUGGUCCUGACAGAUAGCGAAGGAGUUUUCACAAUGGGAAACAAUUCUUAUGGACAGUGUGGCCGGAAGGUUAUUGAAGAUGAAAUUUACAGUGAAAGCUAUCUCAUUCAUCAGCUGAAGGAGUUUGACAGCAGAGUUGUCCAGGUAGCGUGUGGGCAGGACCACAGUCUGUUUAGAACCAAGAAAGGUUCAGUCUAUGCAUGUGGAUGGGGAGCUGAUGGACAGACAGGUCUUGGACACUACAACAUCACCAGUGUUCCUACUAAGCUACAUGGUGACAUUGCUGGAGUAAACAUUAUCCAGGUCUCUUCCUAUGGGGACUGUUGUCUGGCUGUUUCGGAUGAAGGAGAUGUCUUUGGUUGGGGAAAUUCAGAAUACUUGCAGUUGGCAUCUGUCACAGAAACCACACAGGUGAAUGUUCCCAGACAUUUGCCAUUCAAGAUUGGGAAGAUAAAGGAGGCUGCCUGUGGAGGGACUGGCAAUGCUGUGCUAACAGAAGAAGGAAAUAUUUUUGUCUGGGGAUAUGGAAUUCUUGGGAAAGGACCAAACCUAACAGAGACAGCAGUGCCAGAGAUGAUCCCACCCAGCCUUUUUGGCUGGUCAGACUUCAAUUCAGACAUCUUUGUUGCUCAUAUUCGCUGUGGACUCGGCCAGUUUGCAGCACUUACAAACAGAGGAGAACUGUUUGUAUGGGGCAAGAAUCUAAGAGGGUGCCUGGGAACUGGAAGAAUGGAAGACCAGUAUUUCCCGUGGAGGGUGACUGUACCCGGUGAGGUGGUGGAUGUGGCAUGUGGAGUUGAUCAUAUGCCAGCUUCUUCAGCUCCUCCUUGCAGAGAAUCAUGUGGCAAUGGUGCUGUGCAGCCACGCUGCUGACUGAGACUCAGGACU